CUGAUGCCGGCAACAAGUGCUCGUCCGUUGAAAUAUUAGGGAUGCGAAGUACGGCUAUGAUAUUAAAGUUAAACAAUCACUUAGAUGACAGAACCAUUUAUUUACCAAUGUCAGGGGAAGUAUCUGUUCAUACAAAAGCAAAAUAGAUAGCCUCGAGAGAAUAUUUGAUGACGAUAUCAGUGCCAACAUGCCCGAUAAGGAAUUGUGGAAAGUGUUCCUGCCGUCCAGCAUAUUAUCUUGUCCGAGUGGCUACAUGUACGGAUCUGUACUUACAGGACGAAAGACAGUAUGUAUUCAGAAAGUCAGUGAGAGUGUAAAUUACGGCCAUAACAGUUCAGUGGUGGGAACUUGGAGGUCUCCAUCAGAAGAGAAAAGUUCAGAAAGUUUAAAGAAGAUAAAAACCUUCUCACAUGAUAUAUGGGUUGAAUUGUGUAUAUCUGAAUUUGGUUCCAUUUCUUGCACUUGCAGCUUGCAAAACCAUGCAAAGAAUCAUUUGGAAUCAAAAUGUCACUGCAUUUUGUAUGAUCCCUGUGACUUGCUGUCCUCAUACAUUCUUACAAAUAAAUCCUUCUUGUGUCAGUCAACUGUCAAUACGAACGAUGAGGUUGUGCCAUCCUGUGAAAAUAUAUCUGCUGUUGUGUCAUCACUAUUACAAUUUUCAAACAAACCAGGAGAGGCAAGUGAGACUAAGGGAAGACAAGAGGAGAAAGAAAUCUCAAGAAAUGCUACGAGGGGAAUCUUUUAUCCAUUCUGCCAAUUUGUGAUAUACCCAUUCAUUUCAGUUUUCCUUCUGAUUGGAAGAAUAUUUGACAACAGAUGCACAAAGAACAGCUUUGCCAAAACUUGCCUAGAUGGACCCAUGCUGACUCGCCACAUUCGAUACAGAUGUAGUCUCUUGAGAAGAAGUUGUACUCACAAAAAUGAUUCCCCACUAAAUAGGCUGAAGUUCCUCGAUUCCUGUGGCCGGCAGCUGAUUGAUACAGCACUGGGCAUAUGUGUGAUGGUUGUCAUUAUGAAUGCCACACUCGCAGACACUGCUGCCACUACCAUCAUGGACUGGGCCGAUAAUGUGGCCAGUGCUCUGACUCGGCUGAUCAACUGGAUGAUGGGGGCACCUGCUGGUCUGAAGCUCAACUCUCAGCUCACACACUUCCUGGGGCACUUCUUCGUCUACCAUAUCUACCUGUGGACAGGGUACCUGUCCCUACUGCGACCAGUGCUAGGGGUUCUCCGGGCUAGCAGUGUGUUGGGUGUGAUCGGGGCGUCAGCCCAGCUGUGUCUCGUCCAGGACAUCAUGUCAAUGAUGACAAUUCACAUUUACUGCUUCUAUGUGUAUGCAGCAAGGUUAUACAGUCUGCAAGUGUAUGCCCUAGCCUCACUGUGGCGGCUGUUUAGAGGCAAGAAGUGGAACGUGCUGCGUCGCCGAGUUGACUCUGCUGUGUACGACAUUGAUCAGCUGUUUGUGGGGACACUCUUCUUCACCAUCCUUCUCUUCCUCCUGCCCACAACACUGUUGUACUAUGUCUUCUUCCUCGCGCUGCGUGCAGUGGUGCUGGUGAUGGAGGGACUGCUGACGCUUUGUGUUUGGGUCAUCAACCAUCUCCCUGUCUACUCCAUCACCAUGUGGUUGCUAGGGUCAAACACAGUGGCAGGUGAUGUGCGGUUCUCUGUGGUGCCAGAUUCCUACACCGGAACCUCCCUAGUGCUCACAAUGCAGCCCUCCCAGCUGCCUCUUGGCGAGCUCCUGAAGUCGGUGAAGGAUACGCCACACACACACAACCCUCGGACUCCCUGGGGAUGCUACUUCACAAAGUGAUCAAAGGUCAGCUGAUAUACCCCUGGAUAGACGAGGAAAGCACCAGUGACAAGAAGAAUGUCUAGCACCCCACCGCUCUCCCCACCCCUCUCAGUCAGGGUGGGGUAUGGUACUGGCAAUAUGGAGACAAUGCGUGUUUUAUUUAAAUUGCAUGAUCAAAUUUGAGAUGGGUUUUUGUGCUAUUGACGAGCAAUAUUUGUCUUCUUGUUACAAAAUAUUUUCUAAAACAUUUUGAUAACUGCAAAUCAUAGACAGAUAAUGUUGGUGUAAUUCUGUUCACACCUUCCAUAUGUAUUAAUGUCCUUUUGUGAAGUCAAGGUAUUAUGUGUUCGUUAUUCUCAUCUAAGCCCACUACAGUGUUAUCUUGUCACCUGCAACUUGGAAUUAUAGAUUGUUUGUCUUGUUCAAAUUAUUUUCAAUAGUCGGUGUGGAACUUUCAACAUUAAGGUACAUUCUCACACUGCAACUUUGUAGUAGCACAGUUUCAACAUCAGAACACCCUAUUUGUAACUAUUUUAAAUCAUAUACAUCGAGUUGCACCCAAGGUGUGAGACAUAGGACUUUUACUAAUUCCUACUGCAAGUCACAAUCCUUCGACCAAUCAUAUUGCUUAGAUCUGUGUCUACCUCAGAGUGAUCUCCCCUUUGAUUGUGUUGAUGUCAUGUGAGGGACAUGACGGAAGAAAAUUGAUCUUGCCAGAAAAGAAACUGAUAGGUGUUUUGUCAGAGAAUCCAUUUUUGUUUGUUUAGUAACUGUCAUAUGCUGACAUUAACGUUAGCCUCUUCUUCUGUUAUCUUGAUGAAUCCAUUUUGCCAAGUCAUAUGCGAGAAUCUCGUGAUAUACAAGUUGUAUGGGACUAGGCAAAAACCAAAGUCAUUACAAUCUUUAUUGUUACUUCCAAGUCGUAUGCUACAAGUUACUACAAGUCACACUGUGAGAACACACCUUUACUAUAAUUCACAAGGGACAUAUACUUCGUAGUUCUAGGUUAUGAGUUGGAUAUUCUUCAUGUUACCUAUAGUCGGUUAUCUGAUAAUAUGUAGAAAUGAGUGAGUUUCUCUAUCUCCUCUACUCUAUUACUCUAUAAUUGGAAUGAUGCCAACCUCAUGACAAUCAGACAUUAGUGCUCAUUACCACUAAACACAUAUCAAAGAACAGAACGUGUUUCCUAAUGCAGCCUCAAGACGAUCACUCUCUUCCCACAGAAGUUACUUGUCAUAUCUUCCUACGAACCUCUGUUCUUAUACUGCCAUAUUUCCCGGUUCUCGUAAAAUCCCCUAGCAGCUGCAUUACAACAAAUGUUGGAUGGAAGUCAAUGUUAAAAUGAAGAUUGUUGUGGUGCAACACAGUAUUAUAUAUCUCAGGAAGCUUAGUGGAGCCUUUCUGACAGUGAGGGGAAACCUGACAUCAUGAAGCGUCAACACAGCUGCAGUACAACAAAUGUUGGAUGGAAGUCAAUGUAAAGAUGAAGAUUGUUGUGGUGCAACACAGUGUUAUAUAUCUCAGGAAGCUUAGUGGAGCCUUUCUGACAGUGAGGGGAAACCUGACAUCAUGUAGCGUCAACACAGCUGCAGUACAACAAAUGUUGGAUGGAAGUCAAUGUAAAGAUGAAGAUUGUUGUGGUGCAACACAGUGUUAUAUAUCUCAGGAAGCUUAGUGGAGCCUUUCUGACAGUGAGGGGAAACCUGACAUCAUGUAGCGUCAACACAGCUGCAGUACAACAAAUGUUGGAUGGAAGUCAAUGUAAAGAUGAAGAUUGUUGUGGUGCAACACAGUGUUAUAUAUCUCAGGAAGCUUAGUGGAGCCUUUCUGACAGUGAGGGCAAUCCUGACAUCACCGGAACAUUCACUUCCUGUCAACACAACAUGGUGGCUAUACGCAAGUUAACGUCUGUGUUAGUAUUUGUCAUGGCAGUCAUAACUUGACCUUCCAACUUGACCUUGGUCACCUUCUGCAAGAUUGGUCAGCAGUGCGUCUGGAUGUCGUCUUUGUAGUGUGUGAAUUCUGUCUGUCUUGUCAGCAGUGCAUCUGGAUGUCGUCUUUGUAGUGUGUGAAUUCUGUCUGUCUUGUCAGCAGUGCGUCUGGAUGUCGUCUUUGUUGUAUGUGAUGUCUGUCUGUCAUGGAUGUUUGUAAUCUGUCAGUGAUAAGUGCCUUUGAUUUGUGUACAGGUGUUGUGUUGAGUAUCUGCUUUCUGUGCAUGCUAUUUGUCUUCCUGAAUCUGUUCUUGAACAGAUGUGCGCAUAUAUUUUAGAGAGAGAGAGAGAGUGUGCGUCUGCAUGUCACAAGUGCUAGUGUGUGCAUCCAAGUUUUGUGUCUGUCAUGUAUGUGAACUUUGAACUAUUGAUGCUAACAGAAGUCAAUAUGUUGUAUCUUCUGGCAUCAAUAUUCCUGCUAACGAACAAUGACAAUGCAAUAAAGAACAAAUGGUGUACAGUGACAAAUAUUCAAAGGAAGAAGUCGUUGUGAUGUAGUAUUACAGGAACUUCUUUAGGUCUGAUCAGUUUAUGUUUAACACAGAGAUCCAUUUUGUGUCUUUCCAUGGAUAAGUUUGUAGAUGUAGUGUAGUUGUUAUACAUUCCUGAGUAGUUGUAAAUAUAUCUGUUUAUGUUGUUUCUCAGUCUGAAGAAACAAUACUUCCUGUCAGGAAGUCAUUUUGUUAUGAUCUUCAUAUCUGUAUCACCUUACUGGGAGUGAAGUAGAAGUAUGGCUAUGGCUAGUGUUAUUGUCCAUCUUCUAUCCAUCCAUCUUUUAACUUUUGAUUUCUCCUCCCAAUGUUCAAAUCCCAGUUUAUCUUGAUUAGUCAGUGAGAGUAUUUAUGUAAAAUUUAAUGAUUUAUGAUUUUGUUAAGCAUCAUUAUUUGUACUGUUGAAAACUAGAAAACAAUUUCCUGCAUAUGAGAAACAGCUUUAGAAAUGCUAUGAUGGUUUUGAAUGACUUACAAAAAGCAAUGCAGAACAUUUUAUUGCUAUCAUACAGGGUACAGGACGCAUAACAGAGCCAGUCAACAGCUAGACUCUCAUCACUUAAUGUUGGAUUAUGCAUUACCAUUUCGUACUAUUCAACUUUCAACUCACUUUUUAACUGGUUACCAGUGGCACACUGGCACGCAUUAUAUUUGUUUUCCAUUUUUUGCCAUACAGAUAAUAUAUUUAUGUCUGUCUUAGUGACCUAAAAGUGGCUAUACAUGUGUUUACUGCAAUUUGUCACUUUAAAAUAAAGAUCUCUAAGAUAUUGUCCUUCAUGCAUCUCAGAUGGCCUUUAGAGUGGAUGUAUUGUUGUAUUGUGCACAUUUUGUAAAUAACA